UUUCUUGCUGAUUGGCUCCUAGGGUCGUCUUUGGUUGUGGGAGAAGGCAUCAACACGGACAGAGACGCAGAAAUCAGUAUUCAAACCUGGCCUGAUUAUUCUAUUAUCUUUGAAGGUGAUAUAAUUUUAGAAGAGGGUGUGGCUGUGACUACCAUGACGCUACUGUUCUUCAGGCGCCUGUCCGUUUGGGGCCGUCGUGCCUUAAUCUGCCGCGACUCUGCUCAAAGGGAACGAUUUCCAACGGCUCCGACGACCCCGUGUCUUUUGUUUCUCUCCAAGAGAAAGCCGGGCUUCUAAGACCCCCGGCUGUCGAAGUUCUCCGCAGCUCUGCGUGAGACAUCAAGGCGACCUCACACGCGGCUGCUUAAGCUGGCCCAGGCCAUAGGGGGAGAGAGCAAAGGUCACGCUGCUGCUGCUGCCGCCGCCGCCGCCGCCUUUGCUGCUGCUGCUCCGCUUGGAAACUCAGCGGCGGCAAACUUUGCACAAAGGAACUCGGGCCGGAGCCGGCGGGAGGCUGCGCUGGGCGACGCGGAAGGAGCGCCGUCUCGCAAAAGGGAGGAGCAGCAGCUCUGCGGCCGGCUGCAGACUUGCGAGGUGCCCGAGGGCGUUCCAGGCGGGGGAUUCGCCGCGCCCACCGCCGUGCAGGUGCACCUGGGAAAGGCAAACGGCGAGUUGCUGGCUGACUCUGUACUGGCGUGGCGUGACCUUGGUCGGUUUCUUUUUCAGAUCCUGAUGUAUAAAUGAGAGUGUGUGUGAGUGUCAGUCCAAAGCCAGCAGGAACUGCAGCCUGGGAGACAAACAGGGCAGCGUAAUGAAAGGCAGUUUGAAGAGCAAAGUAGACCAUGAAUCGGCUUGAGAGCAGGAGUCAAAUUUCAGAUAGCUUUGCAUUUGGAAAAACAACCCAGAGGCCCCAGCAGAAGAUGGCAUAAUAAAAUAAUCAGGAAGCUCUGCAGCUUUCAGAGCUCAGGAGGAGCUUAUCUAGCAGGAAAACAACAGCAUCAACUGUGCAGCUCUUCCAGAAACUGACCAUGACUCAAUGAGAGAGAGGGAGAAAGGAAAAACCCAGGGACUUUUGGUAAAACGCUGCAUCCUAGAGAAGGCAAGAUGGCAGAGAAGCGAAGGGGAGAAAGCUUGGAAGAGAGACCACAGGUGCUCUGGGACUUUAAGCCAUGCAUUCAGCAAGACACCUCCCAGGCUCAGCCACAAGCCGCUGCUGGCAGCCAGUCCCCCAGUCCUAGCCCCUGGGCUGAAAGCUCAAUUCUUCGCCAGGGCCAGUUGUCCAACCUCAAUAGGAGCCUGAGAAGGUCCAGCAGGCGUUCAGGGAACUGGGUGAUGGGAAUGGACACAGCUAGACUUUCCGUGGGCUGGGGCAGCACGAGGAGGAAGGGGCUGAAGGAGAUUCUCCUGCAGAGCAGUCAGGCCCAACCCACAUGGGUGAUGCCUUCCCAACAGGGAAGCGUCUUGGCUGACUUUCAACGAGAUCAGGAACCUCUCAUGGAUGGGAACGCCGAUGACCUGUCCUUAGCGCUGGAUCCGCUGGAGCACGAGUGGAUGUUGACCAUCGCCCAAGGAGAUGCGGAGAGCAUCCUCGACUUGCUCACCAAGGAUCCCAGCCUGCUCUCCAGGAGAGAUUUUGUGACGGGCUUCACCGUUCUCCACUGGUUGGCCAAACAUGGACGCCACGAAGACUUGAUUGAGGUGAUCACUUUUGCAGAGAGGAAUCGCCACCCGGUCGACAUCAACAUGCUCACGGCCAGCGGUCGGCUAACCCCUUUGCACCUGGCCGCCCUCCAGGGCCACGAGAUGGUCAUCAAAGUGCUGGUGGGAGCCUACGGGGCCAACACAAGCCUUCGAGACCACAACGGCCGCAAAGCAUGGCAAUACCUUCGAGCGGAUGCUUCCAGGGAAUUAAAAGAGCUCUCUGGUGCUUGCGAGGAAGACUUGGCUCCGCUAGGAGCCGGCAACACCAACAACAACUGUGCUCCAUCCAGGCGGGGUGGAAUGGGCACAUUCAAGGGGGAUGGCAAGGAAGCCAGAGGUGGAGGACACAGCCAAAGGGCCACCCCCAGACUGUCUUAUGUCAGAAACAUGUUCCGGCAAGCCAUUGCGUUCUUCCAAGAGUUCUAAGACGUCUGCUCUGUGGUUGAGGCUGUCUGACCUGUUCCCAGUGAGUGGAUUGUAAUCCCAGCUGUAAUGAGAGGGUGGGAUUGAAGCAAGAGGAAGCCCUGGAGGUGGCUGAUGGGACACUGAGAUUGUCUCCAGACUGCUGGAUUCAGCAAACCUGUCAAGGUCUGCCUUGUGGCCUCAGGUAUGAGAGGUCCAAAGCCUUCACUUCCAAGCGGUGGGGUGGGGGCCACAGAUGGUACUAAUGUGGCAAGCUGGCUAAGAAUGGAAGCUGGGGAAAGCUCUUGUGUGUUGGCUUGCUCCCCAAAAGGAAGACUGCAGGGAGGGGUGUCUCAGUCUGCCGAAAGAAACUGAAAUCCUGCACUAAAGAAAAAAUAAACUAAUUCUACAACCCA